CAGUACUUCCGUGUUUGCGUCCGUCCUGCGUCGUGUUGCCUUUGCUGCCGACUCAAGAGUGUGUUGUGGCUACUGUUUUAAGAUAAAUAAUCAUGUCUCUGGAGGUGGAAUCCGCAGACGUGAUCCGUCUGAUUAUGCAGUACUUAAAGGAAAACAACCUGCAACGGACUCUGGCCACCCUGCAGGAGGAGACCACGGUGUCUCUCAACACGGUGGACAGUAUAGAGAGCUUUGUGGCAGACAUAAACAGCGGCCACUGGGAUACAGUCCUGCAAGCCAUCCAGUCCCUCAAGCUGCCAGACAAGACCCUGAUAGACCUUUAUGAACAGGUGGUGUUAGAGCUGAUCGAGCUGAGAGAGUUGGGUGCGGCCCGUUCUCUCCUCAGGCAGACCGACCCCAUGAUCAUGCUGAAACAGACGCAGCCGGAGCGAUACAUCCACCUGGAGAACCUGCUGGCUCGCUCUUACUUCGAUCCCAGAGAGGCGUACCCAGACGGCAGCAGUAAGGAGAAGCGCCGGGCCGCCAUCGCCCAGGCCCUGGCGGGGGAGGUCAGCGUGGUGCCGCCCUCUCGUCUCAUGGCUCUGCUGGGACAGUCUCUGAAGUGGCAGCAGCAUCAGGGACUCCUGCCUCCUGGUAUGACUAUCGACUUGUUCAGGGGUAAAGCUGCUGUUAAAGAUGUGGAGGAGGAGCGCUUCCCCACACAGCUCAGCAGGCACAUCAAGUUUGGACAGAAAUCUCACGUGGAGUGUUCCCGAUUCUCCCCUGAUGGACAGUACCUGGUCACUGGCUCCGUGGACGGCUUCAUCGAGGUCUGGAACUUCACCACCGGCAAAAUCAGAAAGGAUCUGAAGUACCAGGCUCAGGAUAACUUUAUGAUGAUGGACGACGCAGUGUUGUGUAUGGGCUUCAGUCGAGACACAGAGAUGUUGGCCACCGGAGCUCAGGAUGGAAAGAUCAAGGUGUGGAAGAUCCAGAGCGGUCAGUGUCUGAGGAGGUUUGAGCGCGCCCACAGUAAAGGAGUUACAUGCGUCAGUUUCUGCAAAGACAGCAGCCAGCUUCUCAGCGCCUCCUUCGACCAGACGAUCAGAAUCCAUGGACUGAAGUCGGGUAAAACUCUCAAGGAGUUCCGCGGUCACUCUUCAUUCGUGAACGAGGCCACCUUCACGCCAGACGGCCACCACAUCAUCAGCGCUUCAUCGGACGGUACGGUCAAGGUGUGGAACAUGAAGACCACCGAGUGCAGCAACACCUUCAAGCCUCUGGGCACGUCAGCCGGCACCGACAUCACAGUCAACAACGUCAUCCUGCUGCCCAAGAACCCGGAGCACUUUGUAGUGUGUAACCGCUCCAACACGGUGGUCAUCAUGAACAUGCAGGGACAGAUCGUGAGGAGUUUCAGCUCCGGUAAGAGGGAAGGCGGUGACUUUGUGUGCUGCACCCUGUCGCCCCGCGGCGAGUGGAUCUACUGCGUGGGUGAAGACUUUGUGCUCUACUGCUUCAGCACUGUCACAGGCAAGCUGGAGAGAACGCUGACGGUCCAUGAGAAGGACGUAAUCGGCAUCGCCCACCACCCUCACCAGAACCUCAUCGGCACCUACGGCGAGGACGGUCUGCUGAAGCUCUGGAAGCCUUGAGGUGUUAACACCCAACUGAAAUUGGACGUUCUCACACACACACACAGCAGCUCCUCUCCUCGCUCUGGACACCGCUUUGUUUGGUUUUGUUUGUGUCAUUUUACACAUGUUGUGUCAUUUGGUAUACAUGUUUAUGAUCUCAAUAACACCAAGGGUUUCACAUAUUCAGCUGCAUGCUUCAAUGUAAUCACGUUUUUUUUUUUAUUAUUAUUGAAGCCAUCCAGCUGAAUAUUAGCAACUAGUGGCUGUUUGGGGUUUUGGAGUGUUUGCACAGAAGAGCCUUAUUUACCUGCAAGUCCUGCAACAUCAUUUACUUUACUUUUAUAUGAAUGUGUAAGAGUUGGUGUCUUGUUGUGCAAGUGGUGGAUGUGAUGUUGGGAAGUAACUCUUCAAACUGUGAACAAGACAUAGGAUUAAUACAAAUACCAAAACUGUCCGUUACACAUAUAAAGAAAGGUGCUUCCAUAUUAAUCCAAUUCAUUAGUCCAUUAUAUUGUUUCAGUGAAAAUAAAUAAGGCUCUGCUGUUCAACACCUGAGUUUUACCGACAUCCAGUAACUUUCAACUUCAGAGAGAGGAGAGGAGGAUUUCAGAUGUCCGGGCGAGGGGUGUAGAUACUAGACUCAGUUCUUGUUUCGAAAAUUCCACUUUUUUGUAAAUAUAUUUUUUAUUUGCAUUUCUUUUUCUUUUUUUCAAGAAGACCUGGUUAAAUAGUGUGUGGUUGUUUUGUUUGUCCUUUUUUUUCUUCUUUUUAGAGUUGAAUGGCAUAAUAUUCUAGUUAUUAUUUUGUUCUUCCAACAUGGAGAGCCAAAUAAUGCAUUACAUUUAAUAACAAAGUCAUUGUCAGACAUUUUUCCCCCACCGAGUACGUGCAUUCGGAAUGAGAGUGAACCUGCUGGAUGUACAAAUGCUCCAUUAAUAUAACUCAUCUGUGCCAUUAAAGCUGUUUAACCAGAACA